UAUUCAUCGUUAGACUUCAGGAGCUUGUUCGUGUCUCCCCGUUACAUUGGCUGUACACGUUCGGUGUCCGACUGCCUGCUACAGCUACACCUUCAGACUGUUAAAUAAGGACAAAGCCAACUCACUACCUUUCAGUCACUGCUAAGAGGUAGACUUCGUCUCACCUCGACAUAACAUCAUCGGCUUCGGCAGAUUUCACUGCAUUGUAUUUAUAUAAGUUCCCCGAUCCCUACUAACACACACGGAGAAAAAUGAAGUUUUUGGUGACGACGGUGACGGUAUUGGCGAUUGUGGCGACUGCAAAUGCUCAAUUCAAAUGCCCACCCAAAGAUGGUCAAUACGAAGAUUCAAAACAAUGUGAUAAAUAUUACGAGUGCAUAGAUGGAAUUCCACAAGCAAAGCUGUGUCCAGAUGGUCUUGUUUUUGACCCCCUUAUCAGGAAAAGGAACAAGUGUGAUCAGCCUUUCAAUGUGGACUGUGGUGACAGGACAGAACUACAACCCCCACAACCAAAAGGCGUAUGUCCCAGACUGAACGGUUUCUUUGCUCACGAAGAUCCUACAGUUUGCAAUAAGUUCUAUAACUGCAUCCAAGGAGAGGCUACUGAGAUUGCCUGCACGAAUGGACUGCAUUUUGAUGAAUUUUCUGGUACCUGUGUAUGGCCUGAUGCUGCUGGAAGACAAGGAUGUAAACAAACACUGAAUACAUUGAAAGACGGAUUCACAUGCCCGAAGGAAGGUCAAAAGGAUGCCAAUGGACAACUCGUUGUACACCCUAAAUUCGCACAUCCCACCGAUUGUCAGAGAUUCUACGUCUGCUUGAAUGGAGUUGAACCUAGAGACUUAGGUUGCCAAGUUGGUGAGGUGUACAAUGAGGAAAGUCAAAGGUGUGAUGCUCCAGAAAAUGUACCUGGCUGUGAGGAUUGGUACAAAGACGACCCAGCUCAAGCAGCUAAACCACAAAAGAAGAAUAGGAGGAGAUAAACAAUUUAUAGACUAAUUAUUUUUAAUUCUUUCGCAUUCACUCCAAUAGUACAGUCAAAAAUAUAUUAAACCUGAAAUCCCUAAGAGACAGUGUUUCCAUAUGUUGGGCUCCAUUCCUAUUUUUGUACGCGUGGACUUUUGUACUGAUUAUUUUGUAGCUCGUACUGUAUAGUGUGUUUGUAAAAAGUGUGAUUUAUUAAUAAAAAUUUAAGAAAAUA